AUGGCCGAAGAAGAACAGCCCAAAUACGUGAUGGGUGGAUCGUCCGGUAACGUAAAGGUCGCGAUGAAUUUCGGUUCGUUUGAUAACUACGUCGCGGGUGAUGACUUUGAAGUCUAUGAAGAAAGAAUGCUUCAGCAUUUUCUUCUGCACGACAUUCCGGAAAAUAGAAAAGUGGCGUUCCUUUUGACGCAUCUUGGAAUGGACACGUACGCCAUUCUCAAGAAAUUAUUGCAACCGGUGAAUCCAAGUACCAAAACAUACGCGGAGUUAGUGGCAGCGCUGAAGAAACAUUUCCGGCCGGAUGUGAAUAAGGUAUCAGAACGGUAUAGGUUCCAUCAAGCAGACCAAAAUGCGGGUCAGGUAGUGUCGGAAUACGUGGUCGAAUUGAAAGCUCUCGCGGAGAAAUGUGAAUUCGGUGAUUUUUUGACGGAAGCGCUCCGAGAUCGAUUCGUGUUCGGAAUCUAUGACAGCAGGCUUCGCACUCACCUGCUCAAGCAGAAAAAUCUAACCUUCGACAAGGCAGUAGAUGAAGCGCUAAACUGGGAAUUAGCCGAAAAAGAUAAUAAAGUGCGGGAAAACGUGUUCGGCGCGCACGUGGUGCGAUCCGGUAAGCAAAAUCGGGGUCGUAGCAAAAGUCGUUCGAAGUUCGGAAACAGCAAUGGCGGUCAGAAGAAUCAAUAUGGCCGGCGCAAAGUGUGUGAAAAAUGCGGUAGAGAUCAUGUAUCAGGGAAGUGUCCAGCAAGAAACUGGAAGUGUUUCGCGUGUGGUAAGCAAGGUCAUGGAGCAAAUGUGUGUUAUUCGAGAAGUGCAAGGCAGAAUCGUAGUGGUAGCCAGGAUUCGAGGAAGAACCAAACCGUAGGAACGGUUGGUGCUGGUGAAGAUUUGGCGGCAGAAAUCGCUAACCUUCGGAUGCAGCUGAAUUCGGUGAAGAACGAUGCUCUAUUAGUGCGUAGCAAAGAAGCAACGGAAACGUUAUUUGUGGACAACCGUCCGGUAGAAUUUGAAAUAGACAGUGGGGCAUGUGCAACAGUGAUCAGCGACAAUUUGUAUCGAAAGUGGUUCUCGAACCGACCGUUGUUCAGUGUAAACGAUGAUUUUUCAACUGUGACGGGACAAAAUAUCAAGGUGAUCGGAGGAUUUAGUGCAGAUGUGUCCAGAAGACAGCGUGGUCCGAGCGAGAGACUCGCGCUGGUGGUGAUCGAAAGCAACAAGGGCUUCAGACCUCUUCUGGGGCGCACGUGGAUGGACGUCCUCUGGCCAGGAUGGAGGAGUAAGUUCAAGGAAAGUAUCGUGAGUAUGAACCGUGUUGAAAAUACCCUCUUAGAUUCGAUUCGAUUGAAAUACCCCAAUGUGAUUUGUAACGAUAACACUCCAAUUCGCGAUUUUGAAGCGGAGAUUAUCAUGGAAGAUAAUGUAACUCCGAUUUUUCACGUUGCUUAUUCACCCCCUUAUCAGCAACGACCGGCUAUUGAAGCUGAGUUGAACAGAUUGUGUGAGGAGAAUAUUUUGAAGAAAGUCGCGUUCAGUAGGUGGGCUUCUCCCAUAGUUGUUGUACCCAAGUCCAAUGGCAGCUUGAGACUGUGCAUUGACUGCAAGGUGACCAUAAACCCUCAUUUGCGAUCGGAACAUUACCCGUUACCGAGAAUCGACGACAUUUUUGCCAAACUAGCAAAUUGUAACUUCUUUUGCGUGAUCGACCUACGAGGUGCGUAUCAGCAGUUAAAAGUGUCGGAGAACUCACAACAAUACCUAACGAUUAAUACACACAUAGGACUUUUUCAGUAUGUUCGUUUGCCCUUCGGCGUGGCAACUGCUCCAUCGAUCUUUCAAAGCAUCAUGGACCAGAUUUUAGGAGACAUUGAGGGAUGUGUAACGUAUUUGGAUGACGCGUUGAUAGGAGCAAGAACGUUAGAAGAGUGUAAGCAGAUUUUGGACAGAGUGUUAGAGAGAUUGAGUAGAUUUAACGUGAAGAUUAAUACCGAAAAGAGCAAGUUCUUUGUGACAUCAGUAGAUUACCUGGGUCAUACCGUUAGCCAGGACGGAAUUCGUCCUAAUCAGUCCAAAGUAACUGCAAUUGUUAAUGCACCAGCUCCGAAGAAUAUCCAAGAAUUACAGUCGUAUCUGGGUCUGUUGAAUUACUAUUCCAAGUUCAUUCCGAACAUUUCUUCAGAGUUGAGAGUUCUGUACAGAUUACUUCGUAAAGAUGUAGCGUUCAAUUGGGAUGGAGAUUGUGAAGAGUGUUUUGCGAGGAGUAAGGAGUUAAUUAUGAAGAAUAAUUUGUUGCAACUCUACGAUCCUAAUAAACCAAUCGUGGUUGCAGCGGAUGCCAGCCCUUAUGGCGUAGGCGCUGUGUUAUCUCACAUUGUAGAUGGGGAAGAGAAACCUAGACUCGGUACGGUGGGUUGUGGGUUGGAGUAG